AUGACGACACUCCCAGCGAGCUAUGGCAAUGGUGACCGUCGCAAGAGACCUGUUGUCACCUAUGGGAGGCCUGCGCGCAACCCGACCUUCUCAGAAACCAGUGCGAGAUCUUUUUACGACGAGUCCAAGAAUACCACUUCGCCCUCCAAGCUGAAGCGACCGACUGCUGGUGCCAUCAGAACGAUUAAGGAUGCAGACGAUGAAUUCGACGUACCAGUGUCUGACGAUGAGGCAAAGCCCAUACCCUCCAAGUCGAAGAAAUCCCAUAAAUCUUUGGCCAAGACAAGUCCAGUCGUUGCUAGUGACGAGGCCAAUGGCAUCGGCAAUGGCGAUCUAGAUUCGGCCUCACCGCGCAAGCGCAAAAGAACCAUAUCACAGGCCGUCCAGUCCUCAGUCGUCCGACCAGUUACGAAGGCCAACAAGAUACAGCAGGUUGAACCAGAGUCUGAGAAGAUCGUUGGUGACUCUGCCCACCUGCGCCGCUCUAGGAGGCAAGUUGCUGUCAAAACUUCUCCUACCUCAGCUCCGUCGUCGCACAGAACCGAUCGUCAGGUGAUGCAGGCAAGAUACUCCGCGGGCUCAUUCACAAAGUCUGCCUGUCCGUUAUCUCCAGUGGUCGCUUCUCCAACCAGUCCGGCAGAUUCGGUAUCGAGCAUAUCCACGACACCAAAACAGAAGAAGCUAUGGCACGAGCUGCUUCUCUCAGACCCUCUUGACGAAGGUGUCCAAAACUCGACUCUCAAUUCUAUACAUUUCCGGUCAAACCGUAGUCUGACUCAACCAGACGUAUCAACACCACAGGCUUACAAUGCUCCAAUUUCGGGCGCAAUCAAGACUCGUAUUGUCGAUCGUCUGAAAGGGGAGGCUGUUUCUGCUCACAGUAGCGACGAGAGCUCCGAGGAUGAAGAGACUGAGCCGCUGGAAGAAACUUCCAACCUAGAAGCAUCAAGAACUUCCGCACAGUCUGGUCCCCAUGAAUUUACGCAGCAUUCUCAGUCGCAAAGUCAACUACAACUACAGCUGUCAUCAACCAGCCAAGGCAUCNAAAAGGUGACCUACGCUCGGUCGCGAACAUACUUGCAGGACAGUCUCGAAGACAUGAUCUUUGGUGAUCUGCCCAUUGACGCGACUGAACGUCCCAUAGCAAGCGCCCGACGAACUGAAGUUUCUCCGAGAACGACAUCAAAGUCCAAGGUUAGUGCCAACAACGAGUCGGAUGAAGAGUCUUUACAAGGCAUUCGAAGUAUACACGACCUUAGGGCAGCCGGGCACAAGAGCAGAUUUCUGGACGAUGUCACACGUCUUCUCGACGAUAUUAAGAAUCCAAAGCCAUCAACUCGAUCGCAAAGGCGCAUGGCACUCAUGGAGCUCUGUGGUACACUCACCGACAGUGACUUCGUUUCUCGCUUCAUUGAAAACGGGUUUGAUGCGAGCAUAAUUGCUCAAUUCCAGUAUGCCGGCAUGGAUGUGCUGGCUGAUAUGUUGCUGUGUGUCGUUCUUACCCGGAUAGCACAGGCGUCCGCUACACUUCUCCAGNGGGGUGUUCUGGACUUCCUCACCUCGUAUCUCGACGAAAACAAGGAUAUCAACCAGAUCGCACGAGACAGGAAGAGCAACAUGUCCAAGGUGGCACAGUCUGAUUACCUUGACUUCAUGGAAAAGGUUAGGUCUGCUGACAUUUGGGAAGAGUGCUCACCGAAGUACCUGACUCCUAGUUCGAUCGCUCUUCUGAGCAUCAACUGCAUAGUUGUGGCCCACAGGCGCAACAAGCACAGUGGCACCAUCCUUUCUUCCCAUACCGCAUCCAAGCUUGUCAGCUUGGCCACCAGUCAUGCAUCAGGGUCUGAAGACGUCUCACAAGCAAUCACCAACCGGGCAUUGUCUGCUCUCGAGGCCGCCACUACUCUCGAUGUGGACAGCGCAUCAUCGGACGUUUGGUCAGUCGAAACACUUACACAACUUGCAGUCGCUCUGCCCCAAUUCCUUAGUAUGCCAAGCCAUUCACAGGAACUUGCCCUGCGGUUUUGCUGUUCUGUGACCAAUGACAACAAAGACAACAGUAGUGUGUUCUGUGAACCUCAUACUAUACAACUGAUUGUGUCGUUGAUUAUCGAUGGCUUCAACUCGCGCAAGACGACGAUCGAAGUGGAGCUGGGCUCUGACNUACGACCUUUGGUUCUCGCUCUCGGACUGAUGAUCAAUCUGACCAGAGUGAGUGAGNCUNUACGCGAACGCGCUGCUUGCGUCAAAGAUGAAGGACUUGCUGCACUAGUGGACAUCUUCAUCAAAGGUCAGAAGAAAGCAGCCGAGAGUCAGUCGGAAGAAGAGAUGCAAGCCAACAUUCCGUAUGCUUGGCUAUCAGUUCUCCUCGGAUACAUCUGCUUGGACAAAGCUAUCAGGGCACGGAUAAGUGACUGGCUUCCAGGCGGCAAUGGAACCGUCCUUGUGGAUGCUGUCGAAGGAAUCGCACUCAUGAGCCAACAAGUGGAUAGCCAGAUCGCAGAGGAGAAGGGAGAAAUAUCGUCAGGAUUUACGCAGAAGCUCCAGGCUCUUGUCGCUCGUUUACGCGAUGGUGUGUAA